ACUAGGGGUAGCAGCCAGCCAGCCCAGCCCAUCUGGGGUGCCUGCUGGUGUGGUCCUCUCCCAGAGAGGGGGGCCUUCCUCCAUCUGCCCCUUGAGGAAAAGAGGAGUGGAGGGCCAUGAACAGGGAUCCAGAGAAAGGAAACACCAAGUCCCAGCGGCAUGUGCUGGAAGGGAGGGCUGCUCCUCCCAGGGGAGGUUAAGGACUGAGAGCUGCCCCCAAGAGUGGAAAAGGAGGGAGCUGGGCAAAACCCAGCAUUGUUAGUGAGCAGUUCUGUGACCUUGACCUGACCUCACUGAUUCUCAGUGUCCUCACUUAUAAAAGGGCCAAACAGCCACGCGCAGGCGUGGUGGGCAGCCGGGCUGUCUGAAGAUCGCUUGGCUCGAAGCUGGCCCUCAUUACACAGCCCUCAUCUCCAAGCAGCCUGAGCCUGCACUCUGGGCCCAGGGGAGUGGCUGUCGCUGGCAUCCCCUGGAAUAACACGCUCCAGGAGUCAAAGAUUCCUUAGUUGGAAAGGUCAAGAAAGACUCCCACUGCUUGCCUUCUGCACCAGCGCUGUGCCCCAGCCUGCCAGGCAGAGCCCUCUGAUGCCGCAGCGCGCGGCUCACUGAGGAUCUGUUGGCUGCAGCGAGUGGAAGGACCUGCUCAACUGGAACUUUUUUUUCCCCUUCCUGGCGACGUCCGAUGGGUGUGUCCGGCAGGAGGUGAUAUUUGACGGGUUGCCCGCGGGCGAGCUGCCGCAGAGUGCCCAGCAGGGGCUGACAGCAUGGCCUCCCGCGACCCGCCCGUCACCAGCUACGCCCCGCCCGACGUGCCGUCGGGGGUCGCGCUGCUCCUCACCAUCCCCUUCGCCUUUUUCCUGCCCGAGCUGAUAUUUGGGUUCUGGGUCUGGAUCCUGGUAGCUGCCACCCAGGUAGCAAACCCAUUGCUGCAAGGAUGGGUGAUGUAUGUCUCAGUCACCUCGUUUCUCAUCUCCCUGAUGUUCCUUUUGUCUUACUUGUUUGGAUUUUACAAAAGAUUUGAAUCCUGGAGAGUUCUGGACAGCCUAUACCAUGGGACCACUGGCAUCCUGUACAUGAGCGCUGCCGUCCUGCAAGUACAUGCCACAAUUGUUUCUGAGACCCUGGACCUGAAAAACUACUACAUUAACACAGCAGCCUCGUUCUUCGCCUUUGUCACCACGCUGCUCUACAUUCUCCAUGCCUUCAGCAUCUAUUACCACUGACACACAGGUGCCCGGCCAAGGGGAGAAAUGCUCUUUGAAAGCCCUGAUUAUUGGUCCCCCAAAACAGCGUCCAACAAUUGCCAUCCGGAUGAUAAAUAGAAGAUCCACUAAAAGGUCCACGGGAUAAACAGAGCAUCCUUGCAGACUGAGCGAUGUCACACUUUGUUUGGACAUUUAAAUUCACUCUACUGAAUAGAAGGAAGCUUUUGUUUUAUUUUUUUCUGGGAAAAAAAAACUGUCUUUUGGAAUUAUCUGACCAUGAACUUGCUCUUCUAGAAAACUCACAUCAGAGCCCUCACCAUUGAGAAUCCCAAUGCCACUAAUGUCAAGCCUGUUUGGGGAUUUUGCCUCAGCUGUGGCGUUCCCUAGAGUAGGUUCAGGGAGAAUAUUCAGUCUGAUUCUCUUAUAAUUGAAGCGGUGCCGCCAAGGCCUUCAGAUGUAAUGCAGACGCACAGACCUUGUUCCUGAUACUUGUUCAUUCAGCCUGUACUUGGGAGCCAUGGUCCUGAGUUCCCAGGUAGGCUGACAGGGUCAAGCCACCCUGCCCACCCCGUUCUCACUUCCCCUCCCCUUUCCUCUCCAGCAUUGGGAUCCAAGGAAAAUCUACAAGAAGCCAAUUUUGAGGGUAGAUUUGUGGGGGAAAUAAAUCAUUAUACAGUAAGACCUGGGGUUUGAGGGGUGGGGAGUGGAGAAGGAUGGGCAUAGCCUUGCUCUUCCAUGAGUCUGACAUCUCAGAAAAUGUGCAGCUGCCGGAUGCCUGGGUCUGGACUCAAGACACCACCUUUAGGGACUGCAAGAUGCCAGGUUCCUCAGAAAAUACCCUCAGGGAACAAGUAAAAAAUGUUUGGUCUAUGGAUUCUCCUGGCACAACCACAUUGGAAGAAAAGGCUGCUGCAUCAUCUCAGUGGGGAGUGAAGGACCCAUGUCCCGGGUACCGAGCUCCUCCACCUGCACUCACCCCCCUCACAUCCUUUUAAGCACCCCAUGGCCCUCUGAGGCCUGGCAUAAUGGUGGUGCCCAUUGGGUUGGACCAGGGCUCACGAGUACCUCGAAUGGCAAAGUUGUGCACACUGAAAUAUCAAAUCAAGGUGCUUGGUUGUUUGUUUUUUUUUUAAGUUCAAACUCAUUUCCCUUUUAUUAAAGUACAGGUUACCAUUACAUGGCUUGGUACUCAAUAAAGGAAAAUUUGUUCAAAUAA